AUGAUGAUAAACAUGAGCUUUUGCGUUUUUGGGGUUUUUUUGUUGUUCCUCGUUCCUUCUCCAGUCUCCGCUGGUUUCUAUCCCAACUCCUCAGCUAUUCCGCCAGAACACCGCCACGGAAACGCCUGGGACUCGUUCUUGAAUUUCACCGGCUGCCAUGCCGGCAUGAAAGUCGAUGGUCUCUGCAAGAUUAAACAAUACUUCCAACAUUUUGGCUACAUCCCACAAACUCUCUCCGGAAACUUCACCGACGACUUCGACGAUAUCCUCAAGAACGCCGUCGAAAUGUACCAGAGAAACUUCCAGCUAAAGGUCACCGGAGAACUCGACGAGCCCACUCUCAAACACGUCGUGGUCCCGCGUUGCGGCGUCGGCGACGUGGUGAACGGCAAGUCAAAUAUGCAUAGCGGUAGAAGAGCCUACGAGGUCUCCUUUUCCGGGCGGGGCCCACGUUUUCACACCGUCAAACACUAUACGUUUUUUCAGGGAAUGCCACGGUGGCCGGAGAGCCACCGAGAUUUAACCUACUCUUUCGACCCGCAGAACACGUUCUUGACGGAAAAGGUCAAGAGCGUAUUCUCAAGCGCGUUCGUUCGUUGGGCGAAGGUGAUUCCACUGACGUUCAGGCGUGUGGAGACGUUUCCGAAAUCCGACAUCACCAUCGGAUUCUACACCGGCGAGCACGGCGACGGAUAUCCAUUCGAUGGUCAACGGGGAGUACUGGCGCACGCUUUUGCGCCGACGAACGGACGUUGCCACUUCGACAGAGACGAGAACUGGAUCAUCUCAAGCAACGGAGGCAACGGCCGCUUCCAGCCGACGGCCCAUGAUCUGGAAUCGGUUGCUGUUCAUGAGAUCGGACAUCUUCUAGGGUUAGACCAUUCCUUGGAUGAACGGGCGAUCAUGUAUCCAAGCAUCCCGCCCGGGACGCGUAAGGUUGACUUGGCGAGAGAUGACGUGGAAGGAGUCCAGACUCUGUACGGUGCGAAACGUAACUUCAUCGGCUCUACAUCUCGUCCACAACCCUAG